AGCCGGGGCAGGACUGCGUUGUUGGCGCUAGUGGUACAGCGGCGCCAGCGCGAUACGGAGAAAGAGCGAAGGCGGAGGGCGAACGAGCUGUCGGGUGGGCAGCGCGAGACCUCGGAAGAAGUCCACGCGAGUGCUAAUCUAGUCAACAAUUUGUUUAACGAACUUGGACCGAGAUAUUUAAGGCUCACGCAUCCUUAAGUCAUUGGGUCAGGACUUUACUUGUGCAACAGCAGGAGAAGCGAAAGGAGACGACAGGAUCUCCCAAGAAUUCCGGCUCUUUGAGUAGAACCCCACAAAGCCGCCAGGCUGGAGUCCAUCAUCAUGGCAGAGUCAGAGACUGAGUGUGACACACCAGGGUUGGACACUCUGGGCUCAGAGUGUGUUAUACCACACAGCCAGGUCAGUGAAGUACACUAUACAGAGUCAGAGAUCAUGGCUCUAGAUGAAAAACGGGACCACGAUCUGGACUCCAUUCACGGCCCAGAUCUUUCCAAGAUACAGGGCCUCAGUGCUGCAGAGCUCGGCUCUGUGCCUUGUGUGGAUUCAGACCAAAUAAUAACAGAGACCGAUCAUGAUUACACCAAGGUUGAACAUCAGACUGAUUUGCAAUGCUACACUGGUGCAGAGAUUAAAUGUGUAACCAGUGAUAGUCUAUUGGGUGACAUCAUCAAAACCCAGAUGGGUAGAGCUGGGACGACUCACAUAAUCAAGACCGAGGACCAGGAGUUAACCGUUGAAACUGAGAAUGGGCUGGUAAUCCACGAAGCACACAGACUGAUAUGCAAUGAGUGUGGAGAGCUUUUUGACAACGCGGCAGACCUCCACCAGCAUUACGAGAUUCACAGAGCGGCAGCUCCGUACAGCUGCAUCCAGUGCGGGGAGAGUUUUGCUGUUGAGUCCAGCUUGAGAGAACACCAGAAAAUUCACUUAAAGGAAAAGCCGUACGGAAGUCCUGGAGUGGAAGUUGUCGGGAAGAAUUGCAUCGACCCUUUCAGCCUGAAGCCACACGCAAUAAUGCACGCUACUGAUAAACCGCACAGGUGCUCGGAGUGUGGAGCGGGUUUUGGUGCCGCAAUUACUCUAAGGGAACACAUGAAAAUGCAUUCGGAUGAAAAACCAUACAAGUGUCCUCAGUGUAAAAAGAGCUUUGUUCGGCGGCGCCAUCUCAAAAAACACCAGGAGAUGCAUGCACGCGAGAAACCAUACAGCUGCACUCAGUGCGGGAAGAGCUUUACUACCGCAUCCAAUUUAAAACAGCACCAGAAAAUUCACACUGUUGACAAGCCCCACAGGUGCACCCAGUGUGGAAAGUGCUUCGCUGCGGCUGCCACCUUGAAAGAACACUUGAGAAUUCAUUCUGGGGAGAAACCGUACAAGUGCACAGAAUGCAGAAAGAGAUUUGUGCGAAGACGGCAUCUGAAGAAACACCAGCAGGUCCACUUGGGUGGAAAACCGUACCGUUGUUCCAAGUGUGAGAAGGGGUUUAAUCAUUCCUCUUCUCUCUCGAGGCAUCAUAAAAUUCACUUGGAAGAGAAAAUGUUCACCGUCACUCAAACAGAAAAGGGUUUUGCAUUUGGUCCGAACAAACGAAACAGGCAUUCAGGGGAAAAGCCAUACAGCUGCAACCAUUGCGAAAAAAGCUUCAACCACUCAUCUUCCUUAUCAAGGCACCAAAGAACUCAUUUGGACAGGACAACUUACAACUGCAAUCAUUGUGGCAAGCAGUUUAACCAUUCAUCCUCUUUAGCUAGACACCAACGAAUUCACCUGGAAGAGAAACAGUCGUACACUGCAGCUCCCUCUGCAAAGGGGUUCCCCCAUACCACCAUUCUAAAACACGAGAGAAUUCUGGCUUCAGAGAAACCGUACCGAUGUGCCCAGUGUGGGAAAGGGUUCAAUCAUUCAUCUUCUUUGGCACGGCACCACCGAGUUCAUCUAGAUAACCUCCCUUCCCAAGCCCCAGUCCCCCAAUAGUCAAAGAAUUUUAAUAAACUACUGCAGGUGUACAUAUGGCCACAACCAAUGCAUAAAUAUUUUUACUUUAAAAACCAUCAAAUGAGCAUUUUGUGCUCUUUGAUUUCAUUCAGCUUUGGAACAGCUAACCUUUUGCUGACAGCUUAUCAUGGGUUGACAGUGGCAGUAGUAUUGGAGGUCAAGGGUCAGUAAGGAGCACGGAAAAAAGAGCUUCCUGAACGCCUUUGGUGCAGUGCUCAAAUCGGUGUGUCUGGGAUUCCAUCAAUAACUGUACCUGUGUGUGCUGAUCUACUUGUUUGGAAAGACAGGCCUACCUAACAAUAUUUCAUUGGGUUAGCAGACAGUUAAGUGUUGGUAUGAUUUUUAAAGGAGUUAUGUAAACUUGAUUUUCCUAAUGUUCAACAGUCAUAUUCUAAUAGGUUACGGAGUCUGGCUUGGUCAUUAGACCACUGCUGAUAUUUUAAUCCAGUUUAAGUAAUUUGGCUGAAAGUAUGCAGUUAAAUUCUAAUUGCCUUUUUUAUUUUAUUUUUAUUUUUUAAAGACCUUAACCAGUUUAAGUGCGACCUUGUCCUCUGAAACAAUGGAGUGUACUGGGCUGAUUACUCUUAAAAGCUGUCAGCAAAGGAUUAACACUCCAGUUGGCAUGGGUUCAUCUGUCCUAGGAGGGGAUAAAGGAACAACAGCACUUGGGGAAAAAUCACUGGGGAAAGUGUUCAGUAGCAAGUAUCUUUUAAAACACCUGCUGUGUGUAAAGUGACGGGGAGAGCUGCACACCUGUGGCUCGCCAUUCGGAACCGCCGGACGGAGAGCGCCACCACGCUUUCAGAUUGCAAGCUGACAUGGAUGCUGCGCUUUCCAACAUGCUGGCAAGGCCAAGGCUACACCAGGGUCAGGUGCUAGAGGAAUAAGAACACGGGGGUCAUCUGUCAUCGGGGAAAAACUUCGAGGUCGCCCUAGCCAGUUCCCUGGAACUGUAAUACCAAAUGUAUAUAUAAUGAAAUGUGAUCAAAGUAUUCCUUGCCUAUUGCUUUGGAAUCCAAUUGAACUAGCAUUGUAUAGUAUAUAGUUACUAUGUACUCCAAACACAUUGUACAAGCUAUCCAAUCUGUUAGAGUAGUGUAUACUUACCAAAAUAUAGUAUAGCUUGCUUUUACUGAUGAGACCUUAGAACUUUCUGAUGUUCAAAAUUCCAUUGGUUUCUGCUUUCUACUUACUGUUCUGUGUAAAAUUAUUUUAUGAACCGAUUUUUAGAAUAUUGUUUGGAUUGUUUGAAAGGGAAAUGAAAGGAAUGUUGUUUUAAUGGGAGUGAACGUUGUACUGACUUCUGUUUUAGAACCUUUCUUUUGGGUAACAGUUGUGCUUAAGUAGCUUCCAUAGGCUUUCUCAUUGUGUUAGGGAUAGGUGCCUUAUUGCAUGCUAUGUAGAACUGUAUGCUGAGCUGUUGAUGAGAAUAUUUGUAAGGUUUUGGCUAUUACUCCUUUUUGUUCCUGAACAUGCUAACCCAUGUGUUCAUUUUACUUCAUUGAUCCUUUUCCUUUGGUUUGGAUUCUGUGUAUAUGAAUAUGUUCCAGUAUACUAUUGUAUUUUAAUUUCUCUCUAUGUUGAUUGGCCACAGUGUAGAUAGAGGUUAGAAUAAGUUACAACGUUAUUGGUCCAUAUUUGGAUUGGCCUCCGUUGGAGGCUUAACAUUGUUCCAACUGUCUCCCGGUCUUUGUUGAGUGGCACAUAUAUGGAUAAAUAAAGGUUGUUGACUGUUUAGUCCUUGUUGUAUUAUUACCUGCCUCCUGUACACAUUUACACAAU